UCCAAUUUCUGAUUCGAAACACUGGACAGGAACAAGCCGUGCCCCACCCGCAACUUGCACAGAUACAUUUGCACUGUACAGCGCAAGUUAACACCUUCACAGGAAAAAUAAUGGCUCCAAGCAGUCAGCAAUAUAGCCCAUCACCGUCACUACCGUUGCUUCCACCCUGCAAGUGAAAAUUUGCAACUUCUUCUUUUACAUUCCUCUAAUUAUAUACUCAGGAAUGUCCUCUGUUCUCUCUCUCUCUCUCUCUCUCUCAAAUAUAGUCAGAUUCGUCUUCUCUUUUUCUUCGCUCAGCCAAGUAUAAGUUAUCAACAAAACCCACGACAAUCAACAAACGACUUUGUACGAUGCAUCUACAAAUUCAAGCACGGUAGUUAACAAAAUAAGUGAGAGAGUUCACCAAUGGCGGACUCUGGCCACCGGAGGAAAACGCAAGGCCAGUGUCGUCGUGAGAGUGAAGGCCGUGGGUUCCGCCGGAGUUGGUGUUGUUCGUUCGGCAUUUCUCCCGACGGCCCCGAAAACCUGAGCGAUUCUCACACCAAAACCCCUCUCAAAUCUGAUGUCCUAUCCAAAUCUGGUGCUGGGUCAUUCCUUACUUCUCCUCAGAGCAGCAACAGAACUGGAUUGGGCUUGGUUGGCCGCAUCGACCCUCGUCGUAUCUUGUCUCCUGGGAGGGUUUCUCCCAUCGACUCCGACACUUCUAGCCACACUUGCUCUGUUUCCGAUGUGGGUACUCAGUUGGGAUCCCCGGAUAAAUUGACGAUUCCCGGGGGAGCUGAAGCUGGAGCUUCAUCUGCCGCUCCCCCUGCCCCCUCCUUUUCGUCCUCUGCUCUGAAGAAUCAUGUGGCCAAGGAUCAAGGGAGUUUCUGUGGGGUAUUUGAUGUGAGGUUGAGCUUGAAAGGUAAGAAUGGGAUUUGUCUGGUUUUGGAGUUGGACUCGGAGGUUCUGUCAGCCCACAGCUCAGUCUUUGCGGAGUUGAUCUCAGAUUCUCGAAAGGGUUCUGGAGGCAGCUCCGCAGCUAAUCUCUGUAGGAUCGAAGUGCCUGAUGUUGCGAAUCUCGGAAUAUUUCAGCAGACUAUUCAGCUUAUGUUUGAGGAAGAUAUCUCCAGGCGACUUAUCAAGGUCGGAGUCUCCCGUUCAAUUGAUAUACUGGAGGUGUCAGUGGGUAUCAUGUUUACCAAAGGAGUAUGCUCUUGUUUGAAAUACCUUGAAGCUGUUCCUUGGACUGAGAAUGAAGAGGAGAAGCUCAAGGUACUUUUCACCAGAUUUACAUUUGAUGAUGCAACAGCUAGAGAUGUGCUGGCGAGGCUUUAUUCACCACAUGUAAACAACUCCCAGCAAUAUUUGGCCAUGCAGAUGGUUUGGUCAAUCACCAGUGGUGCCAAUGCUAAUGCAAGGAGUGAUCUCAAGUUCUUGGUCAAGGGUCUACUAUCAAAGAGUUCGAACUAUGACAAGGACUCCAUUAGUCUUGACAAGGAGGAUAUCUAUGUCGUUUUUCAAUCAUGUCUGGGUUCAUUGCUCCGCCUCUUUGAGGAGGCCUGUGACUCUGUUACUGAGGAGAGAUUGACAGAAAAAGAUAUGGGUAGGCCGUUAGUCCAGCGGAUUUCCAAUCAAGUUGACAACAUCAAUUGGCUUCUAGAGAUACUGCUGGAUCGGCAAAUGGCUGAAGAUUUUGUCAGUACAUGGGCCGACCAAAUACAGCUGGUGAGGAUGCAUGAUAAGGCAUCUCCAAUUGUUAGGUAUGAGCUCAGUCGGAUUUCGGCUUGCAUAUUCAUUGCAUUAGGGAGAGGGAAAUUGCAUUGCCAGUCCGAGGUAAGGUGUAGGGUUCUUCAGGUAUGGUUUGGGCCGAUGCUGGUGGACUUUGGUUGGCUGCAGAGGUGCAGGAAGGGGCUUGAUAUGAACGAGUUGGAGGAAGCCAUGGGUCAUGCGCUUCUGACCCUCCCCUUGAAGCAGCAACACUCUCUGUUCAUGGAAUGGCUUCGCUGUUUCUCUAGUUAUGGCACAGAGUGUCCUAAUCUCAGCAUAGCAUUUCAAAUCUGGUGGCGCAGGGCCUUGAGGGCCCCUGAGACUCGAACCAAUAAAUCACGGGCCUGAAAGCAAUCCGGAACUGAAUCAUAAUAAUGCAGAUCAAUUAUGUAGACUGCUUCAUUGCCUAAAGAACCAUCAAUUCAUGUAUCUAUUGCCUCUCCAACUUAGCACAUAAGCUUGUGACUUUGUGAGCUGCUCUGCAUGGAGUAAUUAUGUCAUCAAGGUGGGCUACCUAUCCAUAA